GAAUUCCUGAUUAAUUCAAAUCAAAAUUCAUAUUAAAGCUCCGACUAAUUCAAAUCGAUACCCAAGUAAAGCCCCGACUAAUUCAAAUCAAUACCCGCAUUGAAGCUCAACUAAUUCAAAUCAAUACCCAUAUUAAAAUUCCAAUUAAUUCAAAUUGAUGCCCAUACUGAAGCUCCAAUUAAUUUAAAUUAAUACCUGCAUUAAAGUCUCGACUAAUUUAAAUUGCGCAUAGCAGAGCCUAUUCUAGUAACAAGGCUUUCAAUAGGAAUUUUUCAAUAGUCGAACUCAACUCGAUACCUCCGAUUAGGAGGACAGCUCGAUGUAUCAAAGUUCCCGCUCUGCACAGAAUACGAAGAAGCCCCACCACAAGUAUUGAUACACAGCCUUACCUUCAUUUUUGUCGAGCCAAGCCGUGACCUCCGGUUAGAAUUAGAUCAUAUAUAUUACUCUGCUUAAUAUGAUCUUUACUUGAAUGUGAAGAAAUGAACAAACUCCUUUUUCGUUAUGGCAUCAGAAAAAAUUUGUCACUCACCAAGAUAAAUAAGCCAUUAAAGGGCCAAAGAUUUCUUGAUAUCUUAGCUCCAAAGAAACCAAAUGUGACCAAGAAUCACCGAAAAAAUCAUCUUCAACUCAUUGAGGACUUUCUUCAAACAUCUUCUGAGCAAAAUUGCAAACACCCAACUGAUAAAAAACCGUCUUUUUCAUGUUCAGUGGAAAGUAAUGAGCAAGAUUGCAAGCACCCAUUUGAUAAAACAUCAUCCUUUUCGUGUUCAAUGGAAGGUGAUUCCAUCUCAUUGUUAUUUAAGUUUCAUAAAGAAGGGUCAAAAAUUGGGGUGAGUUUAGUAUCAAACACUGUGAGUUUAUGCGCGUCGAAAAGGGAUUUUAGUGUAGGGAUUCAAGUACAUGGUAUGGUUAUUGUUAAUGGGUUUUUAUCAAAUGUUUAUGUUGGUAGUUCUUUGAUUACUUUUUAUAGUAAUUUUGGAGGAAUAGUGGAUGCGUAUCAAGUGUUUGAUGAAAUGCCUGUGAGAAAUGUUGUGUCUUGGAGUACUAUGGUAUAUGCGUUUGCGUUGGAGAAUGAUUUGGAUAUGUGUUUGAAAUUGUAUAAGGGUAUGAUGGGGUUGGCGUUGAGGCCUAAUGAGUUUACGUUUACGAUCUUGUUGAGCGCGUGUAUGGGUAGUGGGUGUUUUGGUCAUGGGAAGAGUAUUCACUGCCAUAUAAUUCUCAUGGGGUAUGGGUCCUACGUACAUGUUGCGAAUGCAGUUUUAUCGAUGUAUUGUAAAUGUGGGGAAGUAAAGGAUGCGUUUGACGUUUUUGAAAGUAUGAAGAGUAAAGAUUUGGUGUCGUGGAACUCGAUGAUUUGUGGAUAUGGACAGCAAGGACAUGGAAUUCAAGCUAUUGAACUUUUUGAGGAAAUGAAGAAGCGAAAAGUGAGACCUGAUUCCAUUACUUUCCUUGGGGUGUUAUCUUCUUGCCGUCAUUCAGGUUUCGUUAAAGAAGGCAUGUCGUAUUUUUAUUCAAUGGUUGAUUAUGGUGUGAAGCCAGAGCUAGAUCAUUACUCAUGUAUAGUGGAUCUUCUUGGACGGGCGCGUUUAUUAGAAGAGGCUCGUGAGUUUAUCAAGAAAAUGCCAAUUCAACCAAAUGGUGUCAUCUGGGGUUCCUUGCUUAUGUCGUGUAGGCUUCAGGGGAACUUUUGGUUGGGGAUUGAGGCUGCUGAGAAUAGGCUUGCACUGGAACCAUGGUCCACCUCUACUCACUUGCAGUUGGUAAAUUUAUACGCUGGUUUAGGAUACUGGGAUCAAGCAGCUAGAGUGCAGAAGUUGAUGAAAGAUAAUGGACUUAAAAGGGAUCCUGGUUAUAGUUGGAUAGAGAUAAGCAAUCAAGUUUUUCGAUUUACUGCUGAAGAUAUAUCGGUGGGACAUAUUAAAUCAAUUGCUAGUUUGGUGGAUAUGUUGGUGGAUCACAUGAAAAGCUUUGGUGUAGAAGAAAUUGAUUAUUGUGAAUAGUAGUAAUGUAGAGUAGAUGUGCAAUUUUGCUUUGAUAUGAUCCAAGAUUCUUGGCAUAUAUCAGGGAUAAUCAUUUUGACUUGGAACAGCAGCAUGGGUGCAAAGAGAUUUUGUUAAGAAAAGGGACCUACUAGCUCAUUAGUCAAAGAUGGUCCGAGAUUAUAUAAGAAGACCGGUCAUUCCGUCAACCUAUAUGAGAUAGUCUAACACCCCCUCAUUCCAAGUUAGCUCGUGAGAUAUUGCAGGGAUAUGGCAGAUUCUUCUUGGCGUACGUCAGGGAUGGCUAUUCUGAGGACAACUGUAUGAGUGCAAAGAGAUAAUCCUGUUCCGUCAAGCAAAUAUUCAUACUUCACAGUACCCAACACAGAUACAAAUGGCUAAAAUUGUGGUGAACAUACUGAGAAGAUCUAGUUUCGUUAUACAAGGCAAUCAAUAUCAAGUUUAGUCUGGAUAUCACAGGGGAACAAGGUGCCUGGUGCUGUGGUAUUUUUGAGUUCAAAACUGAAGGAAUGUGCUAGCAGAAUGCAAAUUGGUGAGCAUUAUGUUGCGGCCUUGGCAAAUCGGAGUGGCAGACAAUGCACUAGUGUUGUUUACCCUUGUAAUGGGACUUCUAAUGUAGAAAGUUAUCGAGUAUUUUGUUGGGUUGGAAA